AUGUCUGAAAUCAAACGUGUCGCCUUCAUUCCUCUUGAAUCCAACCCAGAUACCUUCAACUCCCUUGCUCUCAAACUCGGCCUCUCCCCCGCCCUCUCCUUCACCGACGUCUACUCCCUAACCGAAGAAUCCCUUCUCUCCUUCAUCCCACGCCCCGCCCACGCUCUAAUCCUAAUCUACCCAACCAGCGAUGACCCAACAAAGCAAAACAACCAUCUAUACGCCGAAGCCAAAGCCGACGGCCCAGUCCUCUACAUCAAACAAACCAUCAAAAACGCCUGCGGUCUAAUGGCACUCCUCCACUCCGUCCUAAACGGCGCUGUAGCCGAAAAACACCUCUUACCGGGCUCGAACCUCGCGGCGUUAUUGGAGGAAGCUAAACCGUUGGAUCCUUAUGCUAGAGCUGAGUUGUUGAUUAAAUCACCGAGUUUGGCGGCUGCGCAUAAGGAGGCUGCUGAGGCUGGGGAGACUGAAGCUCCUGAUGCUGAGGCGGAGGUGGAUUAUCAUUACAUUGCGUUUGUGAGGGGUACAGACGGCGCGGUUUACGAGAUGGAUGGGAGUCAGAAGACCGGUGAGAGGAAGAUUGUGGAGUCUUCUGGUGAAGAUUUGUUGGCUAGUGAGGAGGUUAGGAAUGCGGUUGGGAAGAUUAUGCAGGAUACUGGGAGUGUUCAUUGUGGUAUUUUGGCACUCGUGGAGGGGGCGUGA